CGAGGAGUGGGCCUUGUGAGCGCGUCAAGCUGUGCGACCGACCAGAUAAACGACUUAAGUCGCUAACAAAACCCUCCCUUUCUGGCUUAUCCGUCCUGUUUGAUAAAGUCGGCAGCAGACAGGGUCAUAUAAGAAUGAUUGGAGUGUUGUCCGUGCUGGUGGCGACUCUUGUCGCCGUCGAUGUAGUUGGAGCAGACGACACACAGAGGAUACGUUACGAUGGGUACACCGUCCACCAGGCUGUUUCGUCAUCCCAUGAUCAGCUGCAGCAGUUUAUGUCCGAGACCAGCCAUCUACCUCUGAACUUUUGGCACAUUCCACACGCCGUCAACGACACCAUAGACAUCAUGGUCGGCCCCGAUGUGUUGCACGAUCUCAAUGCGGUGUUUGACAAACUCAAGAUGGAGUCAAAGCAGGUGGUCGAUAAUGUGGAAAGCGUGUUUGAGAAGGAACGUCGCUCCAUGCACCACAUCAGGCGCCGCGCCACCCCCUCCAUCCAAUCCUACACCCUCAACUACCACUCCUACGCAGAGGUUAUUGACUACCUCCAAGCCGUGUCCAACAGCACAAACAAGUCUCCCAACGUCCACGCCGACUACUUCUCCAUCGGGAAGACCACACAGGGCAAUGACCAGGCCAUGAUCAAGAUCUAUCGCUACGACGGCAGAACCAAGCCCGCCAUUUUGAUUGAUGGCGGAAUACAUGCCAGGGAGUGGAUCGCCCCUGCCGUCGUCAUCAACUUCAUCUAUCAGUUGGCUUUCGGCAGGGAUCGUGAAAUCCAGGCCAUGUUGGACGACUUUGACUGGUACCUCAUGCCCUUGGUGAACCCGGAUGGAUACGAAUACAGUCGGCUUAGGGACAGGUCGUGGAGGAAGACGAUGAACGUCAACCCUGGCAGCUCCUGUAAGGGCACCGACGCCAACAGGAACUUCGACUUCCACUGGAACCCAUAUUCUGGCGGCAGCACUAACCCCUGUGAAGAAGUGUUCUCGGGCAGCUCCGCCUUCUCCAUCCCGGAGUCCAGGAACCUGGGUGGCUUCAUGAGACAUCACGGGCCCUCGAUCAAGGCCUACCUCACCUUCCACUCUUACGGACAGUACUUCCUCUACCCAUACGGCUACAGCAGCUACUCCGUGGCAUCCGACCACGAUGAACUGGCGUCUUUGGCUCGAACUGCAGUGAACGCCAUGUCGAGCGACUACGUCAUCGGAUCAUCAGGGAAGGAUCUGUAUCCCGCCGCGGGAGGGUCUGAUGACUAUGCCAAGGGAGCUUGUAGAAUCAAAUACUCCUACACAGUGGAGCUCCCCCCGAGGGACGCGUUCGGAGGGUACACGGGUUUCAUCCUUAACCCCUCUCAGAUACCUGUCGUGGCUGCAGAUACUCUCAAGGGACUUAAAGCUUUUGCCAUUGAGCUGGCUCGGAGACAACAACGACAACGUCUGUAGAACUGUCAGGGGAUUAAAUAUGGGUGUAUAUAUAUA